AUGCAAAUCCGUCACCAGGAAUCCUAUCGGAUGAUCGGAUCCUACGCUGACACAGCUGCUACAUCAAGUAACGACGAAAUAAAUAAACCAGACGAUAAUGUUAAUCUUCGUGCUGUUGAUUUUGAUUUUGAAGACGAUGAUUAUAAUUUUUCAGCUUUUGAUUUUGUAACUGAAAAUGGUAAUGAUGGUUUUGACCCCACCACUGGAGGAGAGGUAAAAUUAAAAUACUCACAUUUUUUUUUCUUAAUGCUUUGUAUUUAGAUUAAGAGACUCAAAAUACAAAUUGAGACCAUCAAAGAACAAACUAAAAACUCCAAGAAACAAGAUGAAAAAGUAGAUUUGAAAAAAUAAUUACGUGAAUGUUCAAAACAGAUGAAAACUUUGAAAGAACAACAAAGUAAACAAAUUAUUGUUCUCGAAUUUUCAAAAAUAUAAUUUUUUUAGAACACGAAAACAAAGAAAAUUUAUAAAUACAACAGCUUCUCAAUAUAUGCAUAUUUUAAAUUUUUUGUAAAUAAUUAAUAAUUAAAAUAAAUAUGUACCACACAAUACCAUGUUAAUAAUUAAGUAAAAAUGAAUAAUAUAUUUAGCGUUGCUAGUAAUAUUAAUAAAGGAUACAGUGUAGGAGAUAUUAUAUUAAUUAAAGAUCAUUUAAAUUUUCCUAAUCUCGCUGGUAAUAAUCCACUUAUUAGACAUAAUGAUGAACGGUAAUAACCCAUGCCUUCAAAAUCGCCAAGGUUUGGGCGACGAAUCGCGAUUUUUCAAAAUAUUGACGAUUAUAUCGCCAGUAAGAAAUGCUUAUUUUGCGGGAAUCGUUACGAAUCAAGACUUUCCGAUAAAAAAAUCGGCAAAAAGUACUUAUUUUUGGCGAUUUUAUCGCGAUAGAUCUCACAAUUAAUCGGCUUCUAUAUCGCGAUAAAAUCGCUAAUUUUUUCGGGAUUUUUGGUGAUAUGGAUAGUGCAGUAUAAAAUGGUGUUAAAUCAUCUAGUCUAUUAAAAUUUUAUCAUUUACGAUGACUAUAUUUUCAUCCAAAAAUAAUCGUUGAGCAAAUCGCGAUUAAUCGACGACUUUUUAUCGAAAUCUUGGCCUAUUGCGAUAUAUCGCGAUAAAUCUCACAAUUAAUCGGGUGCUAAAUCGUGAUUAAAUCGUCGAUUGUCCCCCGAUUUUGAUGACAUGGGAAAUGAAACAUCAUUUGAUCUGUCACAAUAAUGAAUUGUAUACAACUGUUGAAUAUCCACAUCUUAUUUCACUAUGUCUAGAAUAUACUUAUAUUCAUUAUACCGAACAAUUUCUCAAUCAGAAUAAAACAUAUCUACCACAGCUAACCACAUUAAGUGUCGACUAUAGUAAAUUAAGAUUCGUAACACAAAACUUUACAAGAAAUGCAACGCGUCGUAAUAGUGCUCAAUUAAAACAAAUAGACUUCAAAAAAAUAAUUGUGCACACAAAAGAGUUCUAUGAUUAUUUUCCUCUCUUGUAAUCUUGUUUUUUUGUUAUAAAUAUACUAAUAAAAUAAUUACUAAACAGAUUUCAAUAGUCAUUAGCUUUAUAGUCGGAUAACAGUAAACAAUAAGUGUUAGAAAUGUUUAAGAUUUUUUCUAAUCUAUCAUUGACAAACAACUUGUUAUAAUUAGACUUCAAUUCAAUAAAAGAGGAGAGAUAAAACUAUUAUUGAAUUGAAAC